CUUCCAGUGGCGGCACAAAAAUGGCCAUCGUUGCAAUCGGUGAACUAUCGGUGCCUUUUUUAUGAAACUGACAUUAAAAAAAAAAGCAAAGUAGCAGAUUAAACAAUGCGAGUCGAAGCGGGGCAAACAGAAACUGGAGCUAAUGGGCGGUGAGCGCAUGACCGGCGAUUAGAGUAGCUCUAUCUCCGGUUGAGGCAGAUGGGAUCCUCGGUGAUAUUGGGUAAAAAGGCGGAAGACUGCGUAUCAACAGACCGACCCAGAGAUGCUACACGGCUACAGCCGUUAGCCAGCGUACCGUUUGUUCCAACAUGCAGGUAAACUGGAGCCAGUUGAGCAGGAUUUAAGGAUAACGGAUGAAUAUUUUUGACCAACAGCAUCUUUCUUUAUGGAACCACAACAGAACAGCUUGAACUAAUUUAAGUACUUUGCUAAGUUUACUAAAUCUCAGGAUGGCGAGCAGGAGGAAAUCCACCAUCCCCUGCAUGGUUCCUCCCCAAGAAACCAUAGACUCAGAUGAGGAGAUGGAGGACGUCAUGGGCGCAGCGGAUCCUGAGGAUAGCAACGGAGUGGCGACUGGAUCCUGUGACAUUUUUGCUCCUCUGGAAGAGCAAGGAGAGGACACUGACAUCAGACAGGACGUGGUGUCAGAACAAUACUUGGACUCGAACGCAGCAGAGGGAGGUUAUGAAUGUAAAUACUGCAGCUUCCAGACAUCGGAUCUCAACUUGUUCACCAUGCAUGUGGACACGGAGCAUCCUGACGUCGUCAUUAAUGCCUCCUAUGUUUGCAUGGAGUGUGGCUACUACACAAAAAGUUAUGACUCACUUCUGGCCCACAACUCUCGGUCACAUCCGGGUGAGGACAACUUCACACGUACAAUGGUGAAACGAAACAAUGAGACCAUCUUCCAGCAGACAGUCAAUGACCUCACUUUCGAUGGCAGCUUUGUCAAAGUGGAGGAUGAUGAGGUGGAGGAGUCGUCCCGCAAAGCCAUCCCCCUAAGCAAGACCCCCAUCAUGAGGAUUAAAAGCCGACCAGAACCGAAGAAAUUUGCGCACAAAAUGACUGUCGACGAUGUCAUCAAAGUUGAAAGUGACGACGAUGACAACAGUGAGCCGCCUACGCUGUCACCUGCCCCGAUGAUCCCCGCUGCAGCCCCUUGCCUCAUCCCCGUAUCCACGCCUGUUCAGGUCCAGGCGGUCCCGCAAAGCAUCAUGGUGAAUAGCCCCAACAUGCUACAGAUCAAAGGCGGCUCGGGUGGCAGCGGAGCCGUCCUGCCCCCAGGGACUCUGGCUCAGGUUCUGUCAGCUCUGCAGACCCAGCAGAGCAGCACUCAGACACAGCUCCUGAUCCCCAUCAGUAGCAUCCCCACUUAUAACACAGCCAUGGACAACAAUGUCCUACUGGCUAGUGCCUACAACAGGUUUCCAUAUCCUUCUGUGUCAGAGAUCAUGGGCUUGUCAUCACAGACAAAGUUCAGCGAGGAGCAGAUUAAGGUCUGGUUUUCUGCACAGAGGCUCAAACAUGGAGUCAGCUGGACACCUGAAGAGGUGGAAGAGGCGAGGAGGAAGAAGUUUAAUGGCACAGUGCAGACCGUCCCUCAGACCAUCACCGUCAUCCCUGCCAACAUAGCCGCAGCCGCCAAUGGCUUGCAGUCCAUUUUUCAGACAUGUCAGAUUGUUGGACAGCCUGGUCUUGUCCUCACCCAGGUGGCUGGUAAUGGCAGCACCAUGCCCGUAGCCUCUCCAAUCACCCUGACGGUUGCAGGGGUCCCCGGCAACCAGCCCAAAGCUGCAGAACCUUCAGCGUCUGAGUCGAACACUGAGAUGGCGGCUUCAUCAACCAGCACGCCGCUCAGUUUGGACUCAACAGGAACAAAACCGAAGAAGUCCAAAGAGCAGCUGGCAGAGCUGAAGGCGAGCUACAGCAGGAGGCAGUUUGCCACAGAGGCGGAGAUCUCGCGGCUGAUGCAGGUCACAAAACUCUCCAAACGAGCGAUAAAGAAGUGGUUCAGCGACACUCGCUACAACCAGAGGAACUCAAAGGAUCAUCACAGCCUGCUUCUAAGUGAAACUCCAUCCAGCAGAACAAUUGUUUCAGGAGCAGGCCGAGGAGGAAGGAACAGCAUUUCCAGCCUUAACGAAACAAUCAACAACGACACCCCCGCCACCAUUGUUAUCGACUCCAGCGACGAUGCCAGUGACUCCUCUCCAAAUUCUGGUAACACUCCAGGCUUGUCCGGGUCCUUUAGUGACCCACGUGUCAAAUUUCGCCACGCCUUCCCCGACUUCACGCCACAGAAGUUCAAGGAAAAGACUACAGAGCAGCUGUUUAUUUUGGAGGCCAGCUUCCAGAAAUCCGACAGGCCCUCAGAUGAGGAGCUGAGCCGGCUUCGCGCAGAGACGAAGCUGACGAGGCGCGAGGUGGACGCUUGGUUCACUGAGAGGCGGAAAAUACCUUUGAAAGACAGUGAUACCGAGGGGGAAGUGGAGAAGGUGAAAGCAACUUCUACACCUCCGUCCUCAGCUCAAGAGCGACAGACCACUCCACCUGCUGGCAGGAAGUUGUUGAAGAAGACACCAGAGCAACUCCACAUUUUGAAGAAAGCCUUCGUCCGCACGCAGUGGCCGACGCCGGAGGAGUAUGAUCAGAUGGCUGAGGAGAGCGGCCUUCCGAGGACAUACAUCGUUAACUGGUUUGGAGACACGCGCUAUGCCUGCAAAAACAGCAACCUGAAAUGGUACUACCUCUACCAGAGUGGAAAGGUGGAUGAGGCGCUGAAUGGUGGAGCAAAGAGCCAAAAGAAGUCCAGGAAGAGGUUCCGUGGUUGGUCCAGGAGAACACGGCGGCCGUAUCCUUGCAAACGCUCAUCACACGGGGGUAUCGGCAUCAUCAAGGUUAAGUCGGGUAAGUCGUUUCUGAAGGACUACUACCUCAAACACAGAGCGCUAAGCGAGAAAGACCUGGAUGAUCUGGUGGCAAAGUCCAGCAUGAGCUACGAGCAGGUGAGAGACUGGUUUUCUGAGACUGCCAGGAGAGUGGAGGAGGGCAAGGAGCCCUUCAGCGAGGAGGAGGCCGAGGGUGAAGAAGACGAAGAGGAGGAGGAAGAGGAGGCAGCAGCAGAAUGUGCGGAUAGUGAGGGAGAGAUGGAGGUUCAAGAACCAGGAGAGGAGGCAUCCGAUGAUGACUGUGUCAAGGAUGAUGAAAACAAGGAGGGCCCCGAAGAGGAGGACGAUGACGCAAUCCAAAAGGAAUCGGAGGAUGUGAGCCAAUCAGAGCCUCAGGCAGAGGAGCAGACAUGAGCGGACAGACGAAACAUCGCUUCCCCACUGUGGCGACGACACGGAGAAUGAUGGAUGUCAGUGCUUCUCAGCUGGCAGGUGAAGACCCGAAGAUGGCAGCAGGAAGCUCAGACAGGUCCUGUGAUAUUAAAUGACGAGUUUGUGCCUUCAAAAUAAACCCUGGGUCACGAUUCAGCUGAGAAUCACUGAGAUGUAGGAGCUGAGUUGAAAGACAACAUGUUUGUUUUUAGUUUGUUCUGGCUCUUGAACUGUGGGGACCAAAUGAAGCUGCAGGACGAAGACUUUUACCAAACACGAUGAGCGGAAGUUCCCCCGCUGCUCCUGUACAAAUGACAGGUUUUUAUUUCUGUGAGAAUGGCUGGGCCUUUUAGUUUGGCCUUUUAUGUACUUUUUCUUACAAAAAAAAAAAAAAUUAUGUUUGUAUAAAGGAAAAAAAAAAUCCAAAUAAUUUCUAAGGAGGUGAGACUUUGCAUGACUUUUUCUGUUUUUUCCAGAAUCAUGGAGGAUUCAUGAGACAUUUUUCUUAAGGGAAUCUCCUCCACUCGAAACAUUUCGUUGUUCUAAAGGAAAAGGUUUUUAAAGCCUCAGUUUUCUCAAACUCAAACUAGUGCCAUUCUGUUCAUAAGUUUGUUUAAAAAAGACAAAAAAAGAAAAAAAAGCAGUGCAGGAAUGAAUGCCAACGUCAGUGUUUUAACUUUUAUAUUUUUUUCCAAGUGAUUAGUUACAGUUCUGACAACAUUUACUGUAAUGGAAGCUGAAUCCAUUCUACUGUUCUGAUGCUAUCAUGAAAACAUGAAAAUGGUGAUAACUUCCAUAUUUGCAGGUGUUUGGGUCCAUUCAGUUUCAAUGAGAUUUAGUCUGUGAACCAAAACUAAUGGAUGGGAUUAAAAGAGGAGAUGUAUUGUGAGCCCCACAGAGCAAAAUCAUAAAAGGGAAAAUCUAAUUUAAAAUACAACAAAAAAUUAAAUGAAAUGAAACUUAUGUUUAUGUCGUUAUAGAUCCCCAAAAUGAGUUGAAAAAUAAUACUUUUUAAUAUUUCACCUUAAUACUCGGGAUUAGACCCCAAAACAUUUUUGAGCUUAACUAAAAUUACAAAAAAAAAGUAAAUAAAUGGUCAAUUGGAUAAGCAAAAGAAAUGUACCCAAUUAGCUCACUCAUAAGUUUUUGAACUGCAGUUUCAUGCUAAUUAUCUGUUUAUCUGAGCUGACUUUCAUUAUUCUUCUGUUCUAUUUGUUCUGCUGUUUUUGACGUGUACAGUUGCCAUCAUAGUUAUCUGUAAAAUGAUUUCCUCUCCCUAAUCAUCAGGUUGUGUCAAUAAUACCGCUAAGAGCAACACAGUUCAGCAACGCCUAGGUUUUUUUUUUAAAGAAAUUAUUCAUUUUAUUUAGUGACUGAGAGAAAAUCACAAUAAAUCUACUGUAUUCUGUAAACAAACUCACUUCAUGGUCAAUAAAUGACUCACUGCAUCACGUAAAGGUUCAUCCAAUCAACAGCUAGCACAGCUAAACUUCAGACACCUGUAAUUUAACUUUUUUCUGGUACUGUAAACUUGAAAUUACGUAUAACAUGACGGUUGUUAAUACUUUCUCUGUAUUUAACGAGUUUCCUAGAAACUGACCUGAAAAUAUAGGACCAUCUGUCACUAACGUUCAACAGUGCAACAAAGAAAUCAGUCAGGAAUAUUUCUAUUAUAAUGACUUCAACAGAAACUCAAAUCAGUGGUCAUAUUGAUUAAACAAACAUCGUUUGAAAUCAGAAAAAGUACAAUCAGCCGAAAAUGUAGCCAGUUGGUUGUAGGAUAAAAACAUGUUUUAUUAAACCAACCAAAAUAUGAAAUACAAACCAGAUGUUAAAAAUUUCAUAUAAAUGUUAUAAAAUGAAAAAAUAAGAGUUAUGCUUUCAGCCACAAACAUUAAAGCUCUGCUCAGGUUUUUCUCAGUGGGUUUUAAGGUGAUUAGAUAUCCAGUUUGCUCCCAGAACGCUGCCUCUUCGGGCUCAAAGUCCUUAUAAACGAUACUGUAAGUUUCAUUUAUGGAGUUGAUUGAAUUAAAAAGUUAUUCAAAUUUCAAACAGUUCGUGUCCAUGUGUAGAAAAGAUAUUCAACAACACAGACGUGUCUGCUCUCCUUCAGGAAACAAGCAACUUUACCUCAGUCAGUUAAGCUACAAACUCGGUAAGAUUGUGACAUUUACACUUAGUCAGUUUUUACUAGAGAAUUCAAUACUGUAUGCAUGAAACGAUGAGUACACAAUAUAACUUUGUCUUUUAGAUGGCGUUUUUAUUUGUCCUCGCCACCAAAGGAAAUGGAUAACUUUAGCGAACGAAGAUAAAAAAAAAAAAAUAAGAGACAUAGUUAUUAGGGAAUUUCUUUACUCAAAUAC